AAAACUCUAGCUACUUAAAUAUUGUUCUAUUUUGUACUUCAGUGCAAAACCGUGGACUCUUCUUGACAAGGAAUUCCCAUCGAGUGGAAAAAGCUUGUUUUUGGGCGCCUUCUUUAUGAAUAUGAUACCCCCUGGCGUUUCAUGUUGGUCACACGUUUAAUUAGGGACACUUUGAGAGCUGAUGAUCGCGCUCCAUGCUAAUGUCAGGACGAUUUCAAGUGCAUAUUCUCUUGCCAUGAACUUGAUUGAUAAUUGGCAGGUACGUUCACCCUUAUUCAAACGGGGUCAAGAAUUCUUCAUGGCGUGUUUGCACAUCAUGGAAUGCAUAAAUGACGAGACUUUUCAAAUUUUUGUAUAGAGUAUGUUGUGCUUUUUCAAAUUGAUAUUUUCAAACUAAAAGGACUAGCUGAUGUAAUGUUGAGAUCCCCUUAGUCCGGGAUCCAGUCUAUACAUGUAGCGCUGUCUGAUGUCUAACAUGGUUCAACAGUGAGGGCAGACUCCUAUACGGCAACAGAAUACCACCGAGACAGACACAGCAGAGGAAUUCAAAUUACGCCGGAGCGGAUUGGCCGCCAACACAUGGAUGAUCGAAACCAAUGGAAACAUGGUGGAUGUACUCGUGCACUGACGAUCGUUUCGGGACUACUAAUCGUUCAGUGAUUAUAUCAUUACGGUGCCAGAACAAGUCCCACUGGAAUCAUCCCGAUUCCUGUGAUAAUAUAAGCAUUGUCGCUUUAGCUGUUCAUUAAAGCUUUGUUGGUAAUCAUUAACUCUGUGGUGAGAAGUACUUUGGGCCUCGUUGUUCCAAGACUAUUGUGCUUACAGAUAAACGUACGAAGAUAUGUCAUCUGAUAUUGUCUUGACUGCUGUGAUAUUGAGCAAGAAGUGAAUUAAUAAGCUCUGUAGCGGCACCCACGCAUUGGUGCCCAUAUACGGAAGUGAUACAGUGACAGACGACAAAAUAUCGCCUGUCGCGUUUAGGCUCAUGUGAGAAUCCAAGUUCUAAAUACAUGUACUUUAAUGAGAAAUCUGAACUGGAGAUCAAUAAGAUAUUCAUUAUACCAAGUUUCAAUCCGCGGAGACGAAUGAUUUAAAACUUAACUAGUUCAACCAAGACGGCCUUAACGUUUUUCUGGAUUCUGCCUCGGGCGAACGAUUGUCACCACUGCAGUCGAACGUCGACCAAUUAGUCAUGUAGUCAUCGCAGAUGGCGUAAAGUCAUUAGCAAGUAUAGUGACUCUCAAUUGAAGGCAAAUUGAAAACUGCAAAUCUUCCAAAGAAAUCUCAAUCAACGGCAAGGAAAAAAGCUUUUAGCGCAUCUGUGCGAUUCCUGUUGCAGGGCGGAUAUGGAAUAAAUCAAGGCAGGUCGGAAGGGAAAAUGCAGAACAACAAUCAACGCAGUCGGGUGAAAGCGCGUGUUUAUUGUAGGUUGGGGUAUCUUUGUAACACAAGCAAUGUUUGAUGGUGUUUUAGAGCUUUUCAUAACAUUCUGUUUAUUGCUCCCAGGCUCAUACCUGUUUUUCUAAUCAUGUCGUCUAUCCGAUGCAACAAACGUUGAUUUCUUGGCGUUUUUCGGAUCUUGGAACCGGUUGAUUCGUGUGUCAGGAACGGAUACACCUUGCCUCUUCGAACAUUACAUUAACGGCCGAGUGUAAAGUGUUUCCUGCAAAUGGUACCAGAGAAUUUGCAUGUACCGCACAGCUUCGAAAACGGAUCCAAUAAACCUUGUAUAGAAAAACAAACUGGCAGUUUAACUUGCAGAUUCGUUGUUCCAUCAUAAGAUCAGGAUCAACAAGUUCCCAUCAGUGUGUGUUGAGCGUUUGGCGGAUUUACACGCUCUUGUCUCAUUUGACAUUACACCAACAGUUGACUGCUCAUAGACUUAUAAACGGCAUCACAAAGGAUGCCACAGUACCAGGUCAAAGGAGCUGUAUUCCCGUUUUCCACUACCACUCCUAAACGCGAUUAUACCGGGUAUUUCCUAAAAACUGGGUUACUGAUAGGAUUUCAGAAGCUUGAAACUUCUCAAGGACGACUUUAACUAUAUUACCCUUGUACUUUCACCUGAAGAACAUGACAAAUAUGAUCCAAUUCUUAUCUAUAAUCGUUUUAUUACCGCUAACGAAAGUGCCUUGAUUCUGAGGAACGGGCAUGAGCCAUACUAGGUCGCUUGUGGAAACUAAGCAUUGAUUACCUUUAUACUUGGCACACGAGGAGGUUUAUAUGAGAAUCGACAAGGAUUUUCAUAGCUCUACCCUAAGUGGAUCUUUUAAUUGUUGUUAUGCUGGCGCGACACGAUGCAAUCAAAUUGGAUUCAAAUAUUCUUAGCAUGCUAAGAUUGGAGAUCGAAUUUUAGAAUCUUAUUGGAUUACGGCUCAUUUGAAAUCUUGAAUCUGCUCUGGAGUGCGCGAUAUUAUUGGAAAUUUAGGUGAAAAUGAGUCUAGGGCUUCAUGGAUAGACCGAAUUUCAAAGCAUCAUCGGGGAAAUAUUGAAGAACUUUAUUUUCCACGGGAUGUACCUCGUGGUAUCACUGAAAAAAGAUCGCAGAGAACUAUCAAGCGCAGCACAUUCUUGAUGAUAUUUCAUCAACGGCCAUUUUGUCACAAUGUCACGUGCCGUGAGUACAGUUCACGUUUUCCUUCACGUGGCCGAGAUCUGCCUCCAGAUGGAGGCAGCGGUGAAAUACCUCGAUCUGGGAGAGGUGUGGUGCUAUAUCAUUCUAAGCAUAACAGUAGGGCCCCUGGUCCUGACGAAUUUGAUAUCAAUCAUAUGGGUGUUUCAAAACAUGGAUUUUACAAAUAAACGCUGCGGGAAAACAGUAUGUAUCAUACUUCACGUAUUACAGCUAGGAAUGGUGUGGAGAUAUUUCAAACUGAUUCUGUUAUACGAAGAUCAUGACUAUGAUGAAUUCAUCGUGCUCAGAGUAAUCCAAGCGCUUACUCUCAGCGCACCUUAUCUGAUAAUCCAGUCCUUCCUUUUCUUCAAGUUCAGUUAUUCCCCCCUUUUAGUAGCAUGUGUGGCGAUUGCACUAAACUCUUUAACUUUUGCAUUUGCUUCCUAUAUUGAAGGCAACAUAAGGGAAGUUGACAAAACAGCUACACGGAAGGAUACGGAGAAAACAGAUGUGGAGGGAAACCACGAAAAGGAGGUUAAAGAAGGAGACAAAGUGCCCAUGUUCAGAAUCAUCUUCGUUCAAUUCAUUUGGAGAUUUUCGAUACUGUCUUCCCGUUUGACCGCGAUUGUGUUGUUUACUGUUGCCAUGGGGUAUUGGAUGUUCUUAGCAACGGGAAUACACUGGCUGAUUGUGUACUCGUGGAGCUUUCGAAAAGAAUGCCGAAAGGAACGGCGUUCUUGUGUUGACAGGAUACUCAGUGCCAUUGCUGCAUAUGCGCAGAUAUUCGACUUGUUAAACCUCCGAGAAAAUGAAAACCCCUCGGUCAUUUCCGCAUACUAUCUCCUCAUAAUUGUAGAAAAUUCCAUAUUUACUGUAAUGGCCUUAACCAGAGUGCAUUAUCUGACCACACCAGAUCGCAAGUUGAUGAUUCUGAGUAUAGUCUACGGUGCUUUUUUGCUAGGCGUGGUGUUCCUGAUUAUUUAUCAUAAAUGCGUCUGUGAGAAAAAGCAUAAGAAAGUGCCGUGUCAUUUCCGGACUGCCUGCUGCCGCCAUCGUAGACUCAAAGGCGACCCGGAUCAUAUGGAUGUCAUGUUUGAUGAUUUUACCUGGGAUGACUAUGAUGGUGACAUCCCUUCGAAGGACGAUGGUUAUGUCAACCCUGCCUUUGAACCUAGUGUCACGACCCGGAGUGUAAAUAGCAGCAGGAAUAACAGUAUUCUCAUGGGUCGCAAACUUUGUAGCCAUAUGCACAACAAAGUGGGUCAUCCGUCUCCGAAAUACUGCCAGACAUCUUUCAACUACCCUCGGGGACAAACGCCUCCUCGAUGCAGUACCCCUCCUCGUGCUGGUACGCCGCCGCGAAGGUGUUCAAACUGCUCAUCGCCGGUGUAUACACCAACAAAAAGAUCCUCAAACCACAGUUCUCCGGCAUCUAGUGCUACGCUACGGAGAUACCCUCGUAUUCCUCGAAUCCCUGACCGUGCGCUUACACCAGAGAAGCGCAUUGUUGCCCGUAAUUUAAAGAACACUUCGACAAGUACGCGGGGAUCUUCGAACAGCCGGAAUACGAACACUUUAGACGUUAGUAUACACAGUGGCCAGCGUAGUGCGCCAUGUUCGGACACUGAACAGCCAAGUUGUAGCCAUCAAGUAAACUCUCGUACUCCGAAUGAUAACCGUGCUACGCCAACAAAGCAGCGACUGUUCUCGUCAGAUGAACUCUUUUAUAUGCACCCGAGCCCAACAAAAAUGCAACAGGGACAGAGAUUGUCCGCCGUAAUGCUUUCGGAACAAAAUAACUAUGAUCCGAAACCGGACAUCGUCAGCGACCAUGACGCACGGGUGAUAUUCCGCCAGAACAUCCCCCGUGGGGUCGAGGUAGUGUACGACCCGCAGAGGGAUUCUCAAUCUUACGCUACCGCGAAAACAAACCCAGGUAGUCUUUCCGACCACGAAUCGGAGAGUGACUGGACCACGUGCUCCGAUACUGAUUCUGAGUAUGCGCGAACAUGGCCGCCGCGAAAUCAAGCAGCCUAUCAGAAGAACGAACAACUGCCCAAACAGGAGGUGUCCCCUGUCGACCACGUUGCGCAGUGGAUAAAGAAAACAUCGUCAUAUUUACCUACCCACAUCCAAAGUCGGCCUAUCGACGAUAUGGACAUCGGGAAGAUGCGGGCGAAGAGUGAGCCAAGAGAUCAUAAAACUAGCGGCAACAAAAUCUCACGAUUCUUCCGCGCUGCUUCUCUCCCGCGUUCAAAGGAGGCGCUGCUGAAGUUCUGCAAUUUGAAAUCUCUGAAAAGGGAUAAAGUGACUCCGCCUAAAGUGAAAGAGGACGCAUCACCAACUGAUUCUACUAAGCCCGAGGAGAUAUUGAAACCUUCCAUUACUGUUAGCACAAACAUGGACAUUAUUGAGGUAUUGAGUGAAGAGUCAAUUGUGUGAUAGUGUAUAUUAUCAUCUUUUAUUUUCCACUGACCCAAUAUCCCGUUGACAAUGUUUUGCAUGCAGUUUUUGCCCAUGGUGUUCUCCCAAGCAGUCACGAACAGCCUGAAAAACGGCGCAACAUUACUUUACUUUGCAAUUUAAGCCAGGCCCAUUACACGGUUCAAUUGUCUUUAAACAAAGACCGCUCGCACCUUAGUCUAAAUUCCCAUUGUUCUACUGCCUUAUCAAAGGGUAAUCAGGGCAAAUUUUGAUUACCGACCCCCACGAAACAAGUUUCAUAGGUGGAUAGGCAUGGGCAAAUAAACGUAAUGAAUACGUAUAGUCAAACGACGCUUGGUAGUUAAAAUGUGCAGUGUCACAGACGAAAAAUCGUGACGUAGCCAAACACGCCAAAGGUCGGUGCGGCUGGUGGCUCUUUGGAAGAACGGGCGCAUUUGGUUAGAACACGCACCAAAUUCUUAGCGAAUGAUGUGCCAAAAUGACACCCUUCCCCCCAAAUCGAUCAGGAUGCUGCACGAUAGGACGACCACUAUUCUACCACUCACAUUCUGUUGAACUUCGCUUCAAGAAAAAGGCUGAGAGUUGUUUCGACUCACAUGAGACUCAUCCACGGAUAUUCAGAAUGUAGGCUACUGUGCCGCCACCUGACACAGACAUCCCAUAUCGUAACCUGUCGAAACGGAAGACUGGUGUGAAAGAAAGGGAUGUCAUGGAAUAAGACAUCUCAGUCGCAGAACAGCGGCAUAAAAACAAGAUCUCGUGGUUUUAGCCAAUUUUCCUUUAUAUUUCUAACUUCUGUUCUGG